GUCAGCUGCGUGCUGCAAUUUUGUUCCUGCAUAUGCAUGAUGUAAAUUUACAGGGCUGGUGCUGUGUAUGUAAAGUUUCAUGGGCUUCAGAAUCAAUUUUCAUACUUUCAGUAAAUAUAUACAUCAUGGAAAUAGCGAAAUACGCUUUGUCCAACUUUUAUCUGUAAUACUAAAGAUAAGUGACUUCGUGAGAUCUGUAAAAGAAGAACGUGAACCUGUAUGUCUGAUGACAAGAGGCCAGAAGUGUUUUUCUUUUGAAAGAAGAAUGAUAUAACCUAAAAAAUUAGUUAAUUAUAAAAUUAAUAACAAUGUGCUUCUGUGAUUUUCUUUAAACAUACUGAGUUUGUUUUAUUAAAAAAUUUGACAAAAAUGGCAUUAUUAAAAAAGAAAAAAAGAGUUUCUAAGAAACUAAAAAGUUCAUGGAGGAAACAUACAAAUAUUACAGACGUUGAAGAUUUUUUAGAAGAAAAGAGAUUGGAGGAAAGGAUAGGGCCAUUAUCUACUAUAUCAAACGAAGCACUUUUUCAAGUAGAUUCCAAACCAUCUGAACAGAUUUUAUCAUCUAGAAGACGAAGAAAAGCAGCUGCCGAAAAACCUUUAAAAUGCUUUUCUGCUCUCCAGUCUUACACCAAUGUUCCAGAUCCCAUUUCAAAAAGGAACAGGGUAAGAACAAAAGAAGAACGAAUGAGUAAAUUUGUAAAAGAAAAACAAAUAUUAAAUGGUGGAAAAAUUACUAAAGGUAAAGAAAGUCAAAAUAUUGAUAGGAAAUUAAAAAACUUUGCCAAACGAGGUGAAUUCAAUGCAAAUAUAUGGGAAGAUAAGGAUAAUCUAAAGAAUGAAGAAUGGGUAGAAACCAAUACUACAAAACAUAACUUGAAAGGUGUAGGUGUUCAAAUUAAAAAGCAUGUCAAGUCCAUUAAAACGAAAUUACCUGCUAUUGAACUGCCACAUCCAGGAAUGUCAUAUAAUCCAAGCUAUGUAGAUCAUCAAGAUUUACUACAGGAGGUAGCACAGAAAGAAAAAAAGUUAAUAAAGGAAGAAGAGCAUCUCAAUAGAGUCACAAGAGGUAUGUUUUCUAAAGUUACAGCUGAGAAGCGGGAUCAGAAUUGGUUAGUCGAUAUGGCUGAGGGGUUACCAAGUAAAAAUAAUACUAAAAUUGAAGAAGAACCUAAUAGUGAUGGUGAAUACAAAUCAGUAAAUCCACCAGUGAAAAAUGUUAAGAAAACAUUACAACAAAAAAGAAAGAAAAAGGAGCAUAUUAAAUUGGAAAAGGCAAAAAGUUAUUUAAAAAUGCAGAAGAAAAAAAUUACUGACCUUCAUAACCUAAAAAAAUUAGUUAAUCAAAUUGAAACAGUUGAUCAAAAACAAGUUUUGAUUAGAGAAAUUAAGAAAAAUAAUAAAGAUGCUAAAAAAGAUGGAACAAAAGUGUUAAGUGCCCUAAAAUAUGAAGAGCCUGAUUUAGAUUUUAACCUUGGUCGUGAAAUAGCAGGCAAUUUGAAAAAUUUAAAAACUGAAGGAAAUUUGCUAGAAGAUAGAUUUAAAAGUAUGCAAAAAAGGAAUAUUUUAGCUCCUACAAAGAGACGGACAAUUAAGAAAGUCAAAGUUAAGAAGUACACAAAACCUGGUCACAAGGAUGAAGAUUGGAAGAAAACUGUUGCCCGAUCAUAUAAGUAAUUUUCUUGUGAUUGUUUCUAAAUAAAUUUUUUAAGAUUUA